UCCUCUCUCUCUCUCUCUCUCUCUCUCUCUCUCUCUCUCUUUUGCGCUUCGUUCGCGUCGGAUCAGAGCUCCCGCGAUCGUCGCCGCCGCACAAUGCCAACGCCGGCGACGGAUCGCGGCGACGCCGCCGCCGCCGAGGAGGCGGCGGCGGGAGGAGCGCGGCGGCGGUGCGUGAGCUGCGGCGCGCGCGUGGGGGCGCUCUUCGUCCAGUACUCCCCGGGCAACAUCCGUUUGAUGAAAUGCGAUGAGUGUAAAGCCGUCGCCGAUCCCUACAUCGAGUGCGAGUUCAUGAUUAUUUUGAUCGAUCUGAUUCUGCACAAGGAAAAGGCAUAUCGUCAUUUGCUAUUUAAUAUGCUGAAUCUAGAAUCCGGCGACAUCAUGGGAAUACUGCAAAAGUCAUGUUUAAUUUAUAUUCUUUUGGAUGCAUUCAGGAUUUCUUUCUUAAAAAGCAGUAAAGACGACUGGGAUUUUUCUACGAGCCUUCCUUUUGCUAUUUGGACUUGUGGAAAGCAGGUACUGAUGAAUGUAUUGUUGGGAAGCUUUGUAUUUAUGUUUAUAAUAUUUCUUACCACGAGGUUUUUCCUCAAUUUGUCACUUGAUAUGGCCAGGUACAAAGAGGUUUUGCUGGCCAUCCUCAUUUCAAGCUACUUCAAGUUGUUUCCUAUAUUAAUGAUGAUUUGGGAGUUUCCAUCUUCGGUUCUUUUCAUUGUCGAGAUUUUUGUUCUCUCGUCAAAUACAGUGGCUUUAAGAGUUGCAACUCAAUCGCCAAUUGCCCGUUGUUUUGGAGUAUGCUUUGUCGCACAUGCAAUGAAGUUCUGUACUGAAUAUUGCCUGCUGCAUCGACUAUAUGGUUUGUAUUAGGGAGUUGAGCUAGAAUACUCUCAAAAGCAUCAAGGGAGUGGUACUUUUGAGCUUUUAGCCAUUGGACGGAGAGAUGUAGGGUUGAGAUGAUGGUGGUAGGUAGUGGUAGGUGGUGGUAGGUGGAAUAGUGUUUGAUCCGAAGGCUAUUAGUAAUGAAGGAGUAGAUCCAAGAGCUAGAAACCUAGAAGCACCAAGGGGUUGGUGCUUUUGAGAGUAUUCUAGCUCAAUUCUGUAUUAGGUGCACUAGAUACUUUAAUGUUAACUUAUUGAAAUUUCCCAUAUUUUUAUCUUGAACCCUCAUCAGUAUCAGGUUCUUCAGUUGAAAAUUUUGGCUUGUACAGUUUAAAUCAUGAGGGGUUAUCAUACUUUAUCUGUAUCUUUAUCUGUAUUUCUUCUGUCAAUUUCUAAUAUUAAUAUAUUAUUUAAAGAACUUUAGAUUAUAGCUUAUGAAACAC